UCUUGAUGUCUGCUGGUUCAUGUUCAACUACUUCACUAGCUCUUGUUAUAUAAAGAGGCAACAGAAGGCUAGAAAGAAACCAUUGCAGCUACAGCAGCAGCAGCAGCAGCUUGCCUUCUCCUCUAUUCCCACUGAAGAGAAGCUUCAAAGCUUCCAUUGCAACCAUGGCCUACCAUCUGAGAUCUGCAAGUGUGCCUUCGAGCCCUCGCUCCAGUGAAACCAGUGUCGAGGAACAAUUGCAGAGCCUGAAGGUGACUGUCUCUUCGCCUUCCACGAUUGUCCAAACCAUGAGAGAUAGUCUGAGAAAACUGGGGAGCAUCUACAGCUGCAUCGACGAGCUCACAUGCUUCCCUAGCAGCCAGAGGAAGGUGGUGGAGGAGGAGCUUGAGCGCUCUCUUGUUCUGCUUGACCUCUGCAGUGCCAUGCAAGAUAGCUUUGCCGAGCUCAAGACCAUUGUCUUGGAGAUGCAAUUGGCUCUCAAAAGAGGGAUGAUGCAGCUGUUCAGGCUAGGGUUCACUCUUACGCUCGUUCAGCCAAGAAGGCGCAGAAACAGUGCAAAAACAUCAACAAGGCUGCUUCUGACAUCGAUGGAGGCAGGGUGGUCAAGCUGUUGUCGGAAGCAAGAGAGAUACAGAAGCAGCAGAAGCCCAGUAAGCCUGAAUCUUCUUGGCGUACGCCACAGCCUGGUCCGGCUCCGGCAGCACCUCCUUGGCCACGGCGGUUUCCGCAAACCGCUCGGCCCACGCCGCCAGCAGCGGAGCCUGAGCAACGUCGAUGACCUCGACGCCGAACAUGGCGCGCAGCGCCCCGAACCACGGCAGGGAGCACCCGAGCGCGAGGUCCAGGUACCCAACGGAGUCGCCGCCGAAGAAGCCCGCCGCCGCACCGUCGUCGUUGCCGCCGCCGUUGCUGGAGGUGAUCUCGGCGAAGGCCUUCUCCAGGUUGAGCACCGCGGCGUGCGUCUCCUUCACCUUCUCCGCUCUCUCCUCCUCCGUCGCCGCCUUCAUGACGUCUACCCACGCCGGGAACAGCUUGCCGUCGAUGUAGGCGGCCCAGAAGCGAGCGACGGCGCGGCCGUAGGGGUCAGCGGGGAGGAUGGCUGCGCCGGUGCCGGUGCCGGGCGGCCCGGGCCAGACCUCUUCGAGGUACUCCAGGACGACGAGAGACUCGCAGAUGGGCUUGCCGUUGUGGAUGAGCACGGGGACCUUCUUGUGCACGGGGUUGGAGGUGAGGAGGAGGUCGCUCUUGUGGAACAGGUCCUGCUCGACGUACUCGUAGCUCAGGCCCUUCAGGUCACCACAUGGCUACAUAUGAGAAUGAUUCAUGAUGUCUGCUGGUUAAUGCUCCACUGCUUCACCAGCUCUCGUUAUAUAAAGAGGAAACACAAGGCCAGAAAGAAACCAUUGCAUUGCAGCAACAUAAGCAGCAGCUUGCCUUCUCUUCUAUUCCCAGCGAAGAGAAGCUUCAAAGCUUCCAUCACAACCAUGGCCUUCCAUCUGAGAUCUGCAAGUGUGCCUUCGAGCCCUCGCUGUGGUGAAACCAAUGUCGAGGAACAACUGCAGAGCCUGAAGGUGACCGUCUCUGCGCCUUCCAUGACUGUCCAAACCAUGAGCGAUGAUCUGACAAAGCUGGGGAGCAUCUACAGCUGCAUCGACGAGCUCACAUGCUUUCCUAGCAGCCAGAGGAAGGUGGUGGAGGAGGAGCUCGAGCGCUCUCUCGUUCUGCUUGACCUCUGCAGUGCCAUGCAAGAGAGCUUUGCAGAGCUCAAGUCCAUCGUCCUGGAGAUGCAAUUGGCUCUCAAAAGAGGAGAUGAAGCGGCUGUUCAGGCCAGGGUUCAGUCUUAUGCCCGCUCUGCCAAGAAGGCCCAGAAGCAGUGCAAAAAAAUCAACAACAAAGCUGCUUCUAGCAUUGAAGGAGGCAGGGUGAUCAAGAUGCUGUCUGAAGCAAGGGAGGUCGCCGUCACAAUUCUUGAAUCAACACUGCCACUCUUGUCGAAGCAAGUUGCGAUGCCAAGUCCUGGCAAAUGGUCUCUUGUAUCCAAGGCUUUUCAGAAGAAGAGAGUUGUGUGUGAGGAGCAAUUGCAGUCGUUGGAGUUGGACAUUGUGGAUCUUGAGAGCGGAGUUGAGACUUUGUUCAGGAGGUUGAUCCAGAGCAGAGUUUCACUUCUAAAUGCUCUUAGCUUGUAGAUACAUCCUACACCAACUCUAACCCUGCGAUUAGCGUCCGCCUUUUAGAGGAUUUGCUGAUCAUCCAAACAAAUUUUGUUGUAUAUAUGAGAGAAGUGUACAGAAAACUAGUUGACUGGAAAGAAAAAGUUUUUGGUCCGUUUCACUGUGAAGAAAUAUGUUUGUUUAUGGUUGCCCAUCUUGCGUAUGCGUUUUCAUUUCACAUGAGCAUCAUUGAACUGUUAUAGAAGUACACAUCAUUCAUCCUCAUCACUAGUAUGAGAUAAUGAGUUGUUCUUGUUCACAUGACAUGUGCCUCAACAGCAAGCACAAGAUCCAUAUGCAGAUCUUGCUAUCAACAGCCAAAGUGUGCAUCUUCCAAGAAGCUGGUACCUUAACAAUUACAACAAGCACAAGAAGAACGUUGGUUUCCUCCGUCCUAGAAGCGGGCCGGCUAACGUUGGUUUCCUCCGUCCUAUCAUCCAUGCCAACCUAUCACCUCACAGUUUUCCCGCUGGCCGCAUGGGCCAAGAAGAAAAUUGAUAAAAUCAGGAGAUCUUUUCUUUGAAAAGGGGAGGAAAAUGCAAAUGGCGGGCACUGCCUAGUCAAUUGGCCAACAGUGGCUAGGCCAAAAGACCUAGGUGGCCUAGGAAUCCUUGACCUUCAGAAAUUUGGAAGGGCUCUCCAUCUGCGGUGGCUUUGGCAGGAUUGGACCAAUGAAUCCAAACCAUGGGUUGGCUCAGAAAUCCCCUGUAACGAAGAAGACCGCCUCCUCUUUAAAGCCUCAACCUCGAUAACAAUUGGGGACGGGGCCAAGGCCCGCUUCUGGCAUGAUAACUGGCUUGAUGGUGAGGCACCCAAAAACCUCGCCCCACACUUGUUUCAGCUAGCUGCAAGAAAAAACAGAUCAGUGCAGCAAGAGCUGGACAAUGACAGAUGGAUACACUUCCUAAGUAACCGUAUCAACACCACGGAGCACUUGGAAGAAUUUGUUUCACUUUGGAUAAGAAUCCAAGCCAUACAACUGCAGCCGGGCGUAAAGGACUCCAUCAUUUGGCGAUGGACCGCAGAUGGAUGCUACUCCACCCGCUCUGCGUACAGGAUUCAAUUCAGAGGGUCUUAUGCCACUUUCAAAAGUGACCUCAUUUGGAAAGCCCGAGCAGAAAAUAAGUGCAAAGUAUACACUUGGAUUCUAGUGCAAGGCAAGAUACUA